AUGGGUGGACUAUGUAGCCGACUUGACACUAAUCAGGUAGAGAUCUUUCGUCGAAGCGUUGCAGAUUUGGUAUAUGUAAUACAACAGCAAGAUGUUAUAUUGGCACAAUUGAUUGAAACGGUUACGCAAUUAAACAAUGAAGAAAUAUCACAGUUACAACUGGAAAAGAUAUUACAGCAUAUUGAUCCACCCAAAGCUUGCUCAAAUCCAACGUCACCUCAGAAUAGGAAAAGCAAACAUCUCUCUAGAUUCAUCUCUAAUUUUCAGGAGCAACAAGCCGAUACACAAGCAUUCAUCGAAAAGAAAUGUUCGGAGUGGCGCGAAAAUCACUCUCUUUUCUGGAAGGAUGCUAGCUGUUCAACAAGUUUAACAUCAGCAAGCAUUCGCCAGCUUUCGAGAUGCAUCGAUGAAUUUGAGGACGCAAAAAAUUUAAAUCCAAUACGGCGACGUAUUUCUUUAGUUGUGUUCUUUCGCCUUGAAGAGCAAAUCCGAAAGAGGAUCCGAAGUCUAAUCAUUGACACUGAGAGAAAAUUGCCAAGCGGGUGCUCUAGCAACGAAUACAAGGUGAUUCGAGCAUACCUUGCUACAAUGCCAUAUUCGCAAAGUUACAGCGCCUUGGUGGUGGACCUCAAAAAGGCCUUUAUAGGUGCUGAAUCUAUUGAAGAUGUGCAAUUAGAUGCAAUUAUCGAGUCGGGAAAGUUCCGUCUCGAUCAAUAUGAUCAAAGUGUUAUCACCAUUCUUUCUGGCUCUAAUAUCGACAGUCAUCAUCUUCAAUCAAGAAAACGACAAUGUGUCGAAUAUAACAUUCAAAACUACAUAAACAACAAUGCUAAUUACACGGAGAGCCCUCGUGACAGAGUACCUGGCAUAAUCCCAAUAAAUGCAUUGUUGAAUCAAGCAGAUUGUAUUGCAGGGUCCACACAGGGUCAGCAGUUGCUGUCGGUCGGAAAUUCAUCAAUUCAAAUCGCCAGUGAACAGCCAGAAAUUGGGAGCAGAGGGGAGAAGAGAGGUUUAGAGUCACAGGCCGAAGUGUACGAUCCAUCUAGCAAACACAGGCGUAUUGAUACACUUCCGAGCCACGGUUCGUCCCUUACCGAGGAAUUCGAUUCACCUCAACCCCCACAAGCACCAAGUGAAGUUACACAUGACCAAGAAGGAGUGACUGGGAGCCCUCCUUUGGGGAAUGCGAACACCAGUACGAUAUUUCAGGCGGAAGAGUACCAAGAUUUUGGGACCCUAGAAAUCGACUUCACAUAUAGUUACGCACAGAAAGAGAAGCUGGCCGCUAAUCUUCGGGAACCAUUUCUUAGUCCCGUGAUAGCUGGAUAUCAUCCGGAAUGUAUUCAUGCAAUGGUCCCUUCCGAUGUUCACGAAGAUGUUAGAAUCUCCAUCAUUGUUGAUGAUAAUAAGGCUACACGCGAAGUUAUCAGAAUCUUGGAUUUACAAAAGCAGCCACAAGGUCAUUCUCCAGACCAAAUUCAGCUUUAUUCUAAUAUACCGAAAAAUAAAAUAUGGAUUUUAGGAGACUCUUUAAAUGAACGUUUGACUCUCAGCCAGAGAUACAAAUUGGAGUUAGGACCUCGUUCUACUUGUGUCAGUGCAUUCAUCUCUGAUGGUGGUGGUACAGAUGAUGGCAAGAUCACUUUUUUUUCUAAUGAUGGAUCAGAAAUCAAGUUUCGAAUUGAUCACUUCUGGACUACAGAUGAUGAUUCAAUGUCCUUGAAACACAAUCUCUCGCUCCUGGUCGCUUGUUGGGACAUACCAAGCUACGAAAUUAAACUUUUCCUCAAUUAUAGACAUGAUGCAAAUAAGUGGAUGAUCGAGACUGUAGCAAAUAUAUAUUAA